GUUGUCAUGGGGGGGUGGUGGCGCUUGGUGGCUACUGGCGGUCGAGGUAGAGUCAGUGGCGCUGGAGUUGGUCGGGGGCAGCUGCAGAUUUGGAGCUUAAGCAGCUUCUUCCAGAGAAGAGGACCAGUGUAGCCACUGUUGCAACCAAGAUCUGGGUCAGCAAUUUCUCCAGACAUCUCACUUAGGACAGAUGAGGAAACUGAGGCUUGGUGAAGUUACGAAACUUGUCCAAAGUCACACAGCUUGUAAAGGGCACAGUCGACAUUCAGAGCCAGGUUGUAAAAAUUAAAAUGAACAAACUACGGCAAAGUUUUAGGAGAAAGAAAGAUGUUUAUGUUCCAGAGGCCAGUCGUCCACAUCAGUGGCAGACAGAUGAAGAAGGGGUGCGUACUGGAAAAUGUAGCUUCCCAGUUAAGUACCUCGGCCAUGUAGAAGUUGAUGAAUCAAGAGGAAUGCACAUCUGUGAAGAUGCCGUAAAAAGAUUGAAAGCUCAGGAAAGGAAGUUCUUCAAAGGCUUCUUUGGAAAAACUGGAAAGAAAGCAGUUAAAGCAGUACUGUGGGUAUCAGCAGACGGACUCAGAGUUGUGGAUGAAAAAACGAAGGACCUCAUAGUUGACCAGACAAUAGAAAAAGUUUCUUUCUGUGCUCCAGAUAGGAACUUUGAUAGAGCCUUCUCUUAUAUAUGCCGUGAUGGCACCACUCGGCGCUGGAUCUGUCAUUGCUUCAUGGCUGUCAAGGACACGGGUGAACGAUUGAGCCAUGCAGUUGGCUGUGCCUUUGCGGCCUGUUUAGAACGGAAGCAGAAACGGGAGAAGGAAUGUGGAGUGACUGCAACCUUUGAUGCCAGUCGGACUACUUUUACAAGAGAAGGAUCAUUCCGUAUUGCAACAGCCACUGAACAAGCAGAAAGAGAGGAGAUCAUGAAACAAAUCCAAGAUGCCAAGAAAGCUGAAACAGAUAAGACAGUUGUUGGUUCAUCAGUGGCCCCUGGCAACACUGCCCCAUCCCCAUCCUCUCCUACCUCUCCCACUUUGGAUGCCACUGCCUCUCUAGAGGUGAACAAUCCUCAUGCCAUCCCACGCCGGCAUGCUCCAAUUGAACAACUUGCCCGCCAAGGCUCUUUCCGAGGAUUUCCUGCUCUUAGCCAGAAGAUGUCACCCUUUAAACGCCAACUAUCCCUGCGCAUCAAUGAGUUGCCUUCCACUAUGCAGAGGAAGACUGAUUUCCCCAUCAAAAAUUCAGUGCCAGAGGUAGAAGGGGAAGCAGAGAGCAUCAGCUCUUUGUGCUCACAGAUCACUAAUGCCUUCAGCGGACCCUCUGAGGACCCCUUCUCAUCCGCCCCAAUGACCAAACCAGUGACAGUGGUGGCACCACAAUCUCCUGCGUUUCAAGCAAAUGGCACUGACUCUGCCUCUCUUGUGCUUGCUGCUAAGCCAGCCCAUACUGCUCUAGCACCUGUAGCAAUGCCUGUGCGUGAAACCAACCCUUGGGCCAGUGCCCCUGAUGCUGCUAACAAGGGAAUUGCAGCCACACAUUCGGGGACCGAAUGGGGUCAAUCUUCUGGUGCUGCCUCUCCAGGUCUCUUCCAAGCUGGUCACAGACGCACUCCCUCUGAGGCAGACCGCUGGCUAGAAGAGGUGUCCAAGAGCAUCCGGGCUCAGCAGUCCCAGGUCUCACCUGCCCCUCUGCAGCCAGUUCUCCAGCCUCCUGCACCCACCGCUGUCUCCCAGCCAGCACCACCUUUCCAAGGAAAUGCAUUCCUCACCUCGCAGCCGGUGCCAGUGGGUGUGGUCCCACCCCUGCAGCCAGCCUUUGUCCCUGCUCAGUCCUAUCCCAUGGCCAACGGGAUGCCCUAUCCAGCCCCUAAUGUGCCUAUGGUGGGCAUCACUCCCUCCCAGAUGGUAGCCAAUGUGUUUGGCACUGCAGGCCAUCCUCAGGCCACCCAUCCCCAUCAAUCACCCAGCCUGGUCAAGCAGCAGACAUUCCCUCAGUAUGAGACGAGCAGUGCUACCGCCAGUCCCUUCUUUAAGCCUCCUGCUCAGCACCUCAAUGGUUCUGCAGCUUUCAAUGGUGUCAGCGAUGGCAGGUUGGCUUCAGGGGACAAGCACACAGAGGUUCCUGCAGGCACCUGCCCAGUGGAUCCUUUCGAAGCACAGUGGGCUGCACUAGAAAGCAAGUCCAAGCAGCGUACUAAUCCCUCCCCUACCAACCCUUUCUCCAGUGACUUACAGAAGACAUUUGAAAUUGAACUUUAAGCAGUCCCUAUGGCUUAUCUAUCUUGUCCAUACUUGGGCAAGUGUGGGGGUGGAGGUCAAAGGAGCAAAGGAGACUUUGUCUUCCUUAUCAGUACAUUUAACAAUAAUCCCAAAGGUCCCAAGGAACAAGUCCAGGCACAGAGUGCUGGGAAGGGUGAUUUUGAAAGAAGUGGGGGAAGCCAUUCCAAGAGAAGAGCUAACUUGCGGUUAGGCUAAAGAAAUCAAGGAAAUAUUGCCCUCUGUUCCCCUCUCCACCCCCUUACACAUCUCUGGAAACAGAGAGGCAAAGUAUCUGAACAGGAAUCUGUAUUCAAAGCACAUUUACUGGAAUAUGAAACACACAACAGGAAGCAGAAUGAUCUCCCUUUGUUUUUCAGGCCAUUCACCUGCCACAACUUAGUACUGGCCUCUCUUAGAGAUCAAGGACAAGGUGGCUUGGGCUGAGGCUGGGGAAGAGAGGCAGGCUGUGCUCUCAGAGUUCCUGGGAAGCACAUUGUCAACUGCCCAGCAGAGCUAUGUUUCGGGAGUAAAAUUGAGCUUCCAUUUUAAGUAACAGAAUAAAUAUUAUAAAUAUAUAUCAAAAAAAAAAAAGCCAAAAUCUUUAUUUUUAUGCAUUUAGAAUAUUUUAAAUAGUUCUCAAUAUUAAAAAGUUGUAUGAGUUGUAAGUAAUUUUGCCAAAGGUAAAAGGGUUAGCUGUAAGAAAUUGUACAUAAGAUUGAUUUAUCAUUGAUGCCUAUUGAAGUAAAAAGAAGAAAGGUUGGAGAUGCAGACGGGAUCCCUAGCUUGCUCGGUAUCAUUCAUUGUAAGUAGCACAUUGCAACAACAAUCAUGCUUAUGACCAAUACAGUCACUAGGUUGUAGUUUUAAAUAAAGAAAACGAAAGAGCAGUAUUGUUCUGGUUUUAAACCUACGGUGAAAUUCUAAUGUCAUUAUUUUAAUGGAAUCAUCUAAAUAUGCUCUAUAGAGAAUAUGUAUUUUUCUUUUAUAUAUUGUUGCGAUUUCCUUAUGUUAAUCCUUUACUUUUUUUUUUUUUUUUUAACACUACGGUGACAAUUACAUAAUCAUAUCCACAGAAGGGAACACAGGCUACUGUGUUAGUUUGUAAUGUGGUUCUUAGUUUGAUGAGUUUUGUUUUGUCCUUUACAUUUUGUCCUCUGGAGUUCUGUGGGAAUGGGGAUUCUGGUUCUAUUAGCUUUGUGUGUGUGUGUGCAUUUUCCCCAUUUUGGUUAGCAAGAAAUCCCAUUCCCAGUUGCAGCCACUUGACCUCUGGUAGCAACAUGAGAUCCCAUCUCAUUUUUACUUUAAAACGUUGGCCUUACAAUCAAAUGUAAGUUAUAUAUAUUUGUACUGAUGAGAAUUUAUAAUCUGCUUUAACAAAAAAUAAAUGUUCGUGGUAGAA